CAAGAACCCAGAGCCCCAGGUGCUGAAGGCUGAGGGCUGCAGAGGGACUGCGGAGAGAGCCAGGAAGCCAUGGGUUUUCCGUGGAGCUAUCGGAGUACUCAAAGAGGCUCAUGGCGCACUCUCCAGCUGUGGGUCUGGACAGUGCUCUGUUGUGAUUUCCUGACUCACCAUGGGACUCAGUGUUGGACUUACCAUUACUCUGAAAAACCCAUGAACUGGGAAAGUGCUCGAAAGUUCUGCAAGAAAAAUUACACAGACUUAGUUGCCAUACAAAAUAAGAGAGAAAUUGACUAUUUGGAGAAGACAUUGCCCAGAAGCCCUACUUACUACUGGAUAGGAAUCCGGAAAAUUGGAAACACAUGGACGUGGGUGGGAACCAACAAGCCCCUCACUAAAGAAGCGGAGAACUGGGGAACUGGGGAACCCAACAACAAGAAGUCCAAAGAAGACUGUGUAGAGAUCUACAUCAAGAGGGAAAGAGACUCAGGAAAAUGGAAUGACGACGCCUGCCACAAGCGAAAGGCAGCUCUCUGCUACACAGCCUCUUGCCAGCUAGGGUCUUGCAGUGGCCAUGGAGAAUGUGUGGAAACCAUCAACAACCACACCUGCAACUGUGAUGUGGGGUAUUAUGGGCCCCAGUGCCAGUAUGUGGUCCAGUGUGAGCCUCUGAGGGCUCCUGAGCUGGGUACCAUGGACUGCAGCCAUCCCUUGGGAGACUUCAGCUUCCACUCACACUGUGCCUUCAACUGUUCUGAGGGGACAGAGCUGCUCGGGAUUGGAGAAACACAGUGUGGACCAUCUGGAAACUGGUCCUCUCUAGAGCCAAUCUGCCAAGUGACUCAGUGUGAGCCUCUAGCAGCACCUGAUCUGGGCGCUAUCGAAUGCAGUCACCCCCUGGCCAACUUCAGUUUUACUUCUGCUUGCACCUUCACCUGCACAGAAGAAACUGACUUAAUUGGGGAGAGGAAAACUGUCUGCGGAUCCUCCGGCAUCUGGUCUAGUCCGAGUCCAGUCUGUCAAAAGACGGACAGAAGCUUCUCAAUGAUCAAGGAAGGCAACUACAAACCCCUCUUCAUCCCAGUAGCUGUCAUGGUCACUGCAUUCUCAGGGCUGGUAUUCAUCAUUUGGCUGGCAAGGCGGCUAAAAAAAGGCAGGAAAUCUCAGAACAGGGCGGAUGAUGAUCCCUACUGAUACCUCCUCAGUGAAAGGAAACUCAGGAGGUACGAAGAAAACCACUGAACGAGAACUUCAAAUCCUCCCUCGAAGACUUUGCACACGGGCAUCUCCCAUGCUGAAGAUGAAGUGUUUGCUUGGUAUCGCUGGAAGGAUUUCUAUAUGACCAACAGCUCCUUCUAGCCCCCUCCUGCUUACUCCAUCCCCUUAACCCUAGCCCACAAUUUUUGUUCAUACAGCACAGUGUUUUAUUAUCUUUUCUGAUGAGGAACAGAUAAGACUAUUGAGGAAAGGGGUUACUGUGGAAUGUAAAGAUAUCUGAUUUUGCUCUUUCCUAACUCUUAUUUCCUAUUUCAAUCCAGUAUUGUAUUUGAUGCCAGACACAAUGAAAAUUUGAAAUAUGCGUAAGUGAGAAAUUCAGGUUCCUUGCACAUAGUCCAUACACUAUGAUAAAGUUGAUAACUAUCUUUGCUUUCCACCUCCAAAGAAUGAUGCUCUUUGGAAAAGUCCUGUUUUCACAUGACCUCGCUUUCUGUGAAAGGAAGCCACAGGAGUUGCUCCCAUUGACCUUCCCUGUGUCCUUUUCUUAGGUGGCUAACCUCUAGAAGUAGUGCGUCAUAGCCCUGGACAGUAAGGAAGACAAAACCACCUGCAUUGAUUUUUAGUUCAGAGUUUUCCCUUUUCUUUAGUAGAUCCCUGUAGAUUCCUUGAAGUCAGCACUUGAUGAUCAUUAAUUGUUAAUGAUGACACAACCCACUGUCUUGGAGCCGCACAGAAUAUGUCUUUAAUGUUAUGAAGACAACUUAAAACAGGUAGAAAGAUUCCUGGGCUCAUGCUGGAAUGACAGCCUUCCCUUUCUCUAAUAUCUUCUACUCAGAUUCCUAAAUUCAAUUCUUUAAGAUUCAGGACAGUUGUCUCCAAUCCUUGCCGCGUCUUUUAUCACUAGCUCCUUAGCUGGACCAACCCAUAGGCUACUUCAUUUUCUGGCUUUAUUCUGCCUUUUAAAUGCAUUUGGUGCAUCUAAAUAUAACCUGAUAUUUUAAAAUGUUACUUAGUCUUCUGUUUGUAUAUCAGAAUAGAUGUUGUGUUUUCCUAGAUGAGACUGUACCUUUUUUUGAGGGGAGAGAUUGUGUCAGAUCUCUGGAGCUCCUCGUUUGUUACCUGACACUUGGUAAAUUGUGGGAACACGGUCAGUGCAUUGAAGCCAUGUGAGACUUCUGAGAGCUUUGGAGAACAGACCAAGUAAACAAGGCAAGAGUCUUUUAGCCACUGUUCCUCUGUAAUACGGAUUUGUUCUUGGAAUGUGCUGUCGUGCCCCUCCCAGGUGUAAAUAGGAGUGGGUUUACUUCAGAUUCCCCAUCAUCUACUCUUAUUAUUUAGGUGAUGUAGCCAAGCACCAGUUGCCCUCAUGACUGUACCUAUGGCUUGAACUAAUGUGGCCUUGCCCUCAGGGCUCAUGUGGCCUUGCCUAAACUCAUGUGACCUUUCUCUCAUGACUCCAUACAGCCUGAGCUCUUGAACUUUGCUUAUAUGACUUUGCCUGACUCUCAGAAUAUAAGGUUUCUGCUGCUCUGAAUAAAGAUGGCUGUUGC